CGCCUUCCCUUCCCUUUCCCCCUUGUUGUUCUGGACCACCGUUUGGACCACAGUGACCACCAGUCAUGUCGUCCGGCAAGCUGCUUCACGUGAUCAAGCCUCUGAUGGCCUUUGUGCCUGAGGUCAAGUCGCCCGAGCGCAACAUUCAAUUCCGUGAGAAGCUUCUCUGGACCGCGGUGACCCUGUUCAUCUUCCUUGUCUGCUGCCAGAUCCCUCUCUUUGGCAUCAUGUCCUCGUCCUCGGCCGAUCCUCUGUACUGGAUGCGUGUGAUCAUGGCCUCAAACCGUGGCACGCUGAUGGAGCUGGGUAUCAGCCCCAUUGUCACCUCGGGCAUGAUCAUGCAGCUCUUGGCCGGCACCAAGCUGAUUGAUGUCGAUCAGUCGCUCAAGGAGGAUCGCGAACUCUUUGAGGGUGCCACCAAGCUGGCCGGCCUCCUCAUCACGGUGGGCCAGGCUGUCAUGUACGUCAUCAGCGGCAUGUACGGUUCCCCCGCGGAGCUCGGCUUUGGUAUCUGCAGCCUCAUUGUCAUCCAGUUGACCAUGGCUGGUAUCGUCGUCCUCCUCCUCGAUGAGCUUCUGCAAAAGGGCUACGGUCUUGGCUCGGGUAUCUCCCUCUUCAUUGCCACCAACAUUUGCGAGACGAUCAUGUGGAAGGCCCUCAGCCCCAACACCAUGAACUUGGGCAACGGUACCGAGUUUGAGGGUGCCCUCAUUGCCCUCUUCCAUCUCCUGGCCACCCGUUCGGACAAGAUGCGCGCGCUGCGCCAGGCUUUGACCCGUCCCUACCUGCCCAACAUUGGCCAGCUCAUGGCCACCGUCCUCGUCUUUGCCGUGGUCAUCUUCUUCCAGGGCUUCCGCAUCACCCUCCGCCUCCAGGCCCAAAACGGCCAGAAGACCUCGUACCCCAUCAAGCUCUUCUACACCUCCAACAUGCCCAUCAUCCUGCAGUCGGCCCUUGUGUCCAACCUCUACUUCAUCUCCCAGAUGCUGUACAACAAGUUUCCCUCCAACUUUUUGGUCCGUCUCCUCGGUGACUGGCGCGUCAACGAGUACAGCGGUGGCCAGAGCGUCCCCGUUGGCGGUCUCUGCUACUACAUGCACGCUCCUGGCUCCUGGGAGCACAUUGCCGUUGACCCCAUCCACACCGUGCUCUACGUGGCCUUUAUGUUGGGCUCGUGCGCUCUCUUCUCCAAGUACUGGGUCAUGAUGUCCGGCUCUUCGUACAAGGAUGUUCAUCGCCAGCUCAAGGAGAGCAAGCUCACCCUGGUUGGUGCUCGCGACAAGAAGACCGAGGAGCGCCUCAAGCACUACAUCCCCACCGCUGCGGCUCUGGGUGGUCUCUGCAUUGGUGCUCUGUCGGUCACGGCUGACUUUAUCGGCGCCAUUGGUUCGGGCACUGGUAUCUUGCUGGCUGUCACCAUCAUCUACCAGUACUACGAGAUGUUUGCCAAGGAGCAGGCCGAGAUGGGUGGUCUGAGCUCCAUCCUCUUUUAAGGAUCUGAUCUUUUCAAGGAGAACCGUGAUUUGCCAUCGCCCACUUGCCCCUCUUUUUUGCACAUGGUAGUCUGGGAACGCCUGACCCGCACGAGCGAGCAUGAGGAACAUUAAAAGAGGGAGAAUGGAAGAGCGCUCUGGGAGCACAUGUCCCGUGUCUUUGAGGGCCCUGUGUUUGCAGGUCUCGUCCUUCUUUCCUCUUCUUACUCGCUCUGCGAUUCUUUGAUUCGUUGUUGCUGGCUUGUUGACUUUUGUUUUGCGUUUUGUUCCCCUUUUUUUUUCCAUUUCUUUUUUUUUUCUUUCGAACUGAUGUGGAAGGCUGGGGCCGUUUUGCGACACUUGUGUUUUGUGUGUUGCAUUUGUGCUCUGCCUUGACUGUUCCCGACCUUGUGCGGGGCUCUAGCUACUUGAGAAUCAAGCCGCCGAACCCUGCAUCAAUACUUUCGCCCUUGCCCCUCCCCGGCUGGUUUUCUUUCCCUGUCCUGCUGCUUUGAACGAUGGCAGUGUGACACGAACAACAAUCUAUCCCUUACAAAUGAUA